UGGCCUAGUUAGUAGUUAAGGGUGUUUGACGUUUGAAAUAAAUAAAUUGUAGACUUAAGGUGUUAAUACUCUCUGUACGAAUUAUAGUAAAAAACUUGUAUAAGUUAUUUGUAUAUAAACAAUUUUUUAAAUUAAAUAAAAAAUGAGUAUGCAAAAAAUUUUACCGAGAGUAUAUGGACUGCUUGUUUCAAAUAUAAAGACACCAUCAUCAUGUUGUACCACAGUAAGACUACAGCAUAGUAAGAGUGAUGUUAACGAGCACAGAGCUAAGGUCAUGGCUCGGGGCUUGCCUGAAAAAAAGCCCUUACCCAAAGUUAAGAGUAUAAUACUGGUUGCUUCUGGAAAAGGAGGUGUUGGAAAGACAACUACAGCUGUGAAUCUCGCUUGUGCAAUGAAAGUGAUAGAACCAGACAAGGAGAUAGGACUCCUAGAUGCUGAUGUGUUUGGUCCAUCAGUUCCUCUAAUGAUGAACAUCAGUGGGGAGCCCAUGCUGAAUGAUGAUAAUCUAAUUGAACCCCAUAUCAACUAUGGUGUUAAGUGCAUGUCAAUGGGGUUGCUGGUCUCUGGUGAGAAUGCAGUUGUUUGGCGCGGCCUAAUGGUGAUGCAGGCGUUGGAGCGACUUACGAGGAACGUAGCAUGGGGUCCACUUGACUGCCUCAUAGUAGACACACCUCCUGGUACUGGGGACACCCAUCUGUCACUUGCACAGAAUCUGCCUAUUGAUGGAGCAAUAGUUGUCACAACACCUCAAUCUGCUGCUUUACAAGUUACUAAGAGAGGUGUAAACAUGCUUGAAAAACUCAAAGUCCCCAUUAUUGGACUGGUUGAAAAUAUGUCACAUGCAAUCUGUCAUAAAUGUGGUUCGAAAAACUUUAUAUUUGGCAAUGAAACUAAGCAGACAGCCGAUCAGAUGGGCCUUAAGAUUAUUCAGAGCUUUGAAGUGGAUUCAAAUAUGUCUGAAUGCAUAAACAGUGGGAAACCAGCCAUAUAUGCACUUCCAGACAGCACACAUGCAGAGAAGUACAGACAGCUAGCAAACACAGUCUUUAAAUAUAUUUCCAAUAAAGAUAUGGCGGAAGAUGAGGCUUCCGAACAGUAGACUCACAAAAUAUUUACACGUAGUUGUUGAAUUAUGUUUAUUAUAUUUAAACACUUCACAAAUAAAUCUGUUAUAAAAAAAUGUUGUCUUACUUACACAAUAAUAUUAUAUAA